AUUCAAUUCUUCUAUUCAAAACAAAUACGUGAACUUUUUUCACUUUAAAGGAAAACCCACGGCACCUGGUGCACCGGAGCCACUAGAGGUUACACAUGACUCGAUCACACUGUACUGGAGAGCACCCGAAGAUGAUGGCAAAUGCGAAAUCACCGAAUACGUGCUCGAAUAUCAAGACGUUAAAGAGGAGAGGUGGAUCGAGAUACGCAAAAUCAAAGACACAACAUACACUAUAAGCAAACUGAAAAUCGAUACGGAAUAUGUAUUCCGCGCGAUCGCUGUAAAUGAUGUUGGCCCAUCACCACCUUCACCGCUCUCGCCACCCAUACGCCUAGUAGCCGAAGUCAGAAAGGAAAAACCAACCGUACAAGAACCACUGCAAGACAUUGUGACCGAAUUAAACAAGGAAAUUACAUUGUCUUGUGUAUUCGGUGGCAUACCAGAGCCCAAGGUUACAUGGAAGAAAAACGGAACGGUUAUCACAUCGAAGACUAUGCGAUAUGAGAAUCGUGUAUCCAAAUACACAAUUGAGAAGACAACAAUUGAGACUGAAGCUACGUACACAUGCGUAGCUGAAAAUGACAUGGGCAGCGUGGAGACUUCGUGUAGAGUUACACUGCAAGAAAAGCCGACGAUUGACAUCGAUGAGAAGUAUCUUGCACAGAAAAUACGUGCAGGCACUACUUUGAACAUUCCGGCCACAAUUCGUGGUUAUCCACAACCGAAAUGUAAAUGGUAUAGGGAGACCACAGAACAAACGACCACAACGGAGCGUGUGACAAUUGAAACUACAGAGACCACCUCGAUUUACAAAUUGGAAAAGGUGACACGUGAAGAUUCGGGACGUUACAAGAUUACAGCUACCAAUACAACUGGCACAGCAACAACGGAGUGUACAAUUGAAGUGAUCGAUAAGCCAAGUCGACCACGAUCACUCGAGAUCAAAGAAAUGAAGAAGGAUGCAAUUACAUUGGAAUGGACGCCACCAGUUGAUGAUGGUGGUCUGGAGUUGAAUAAGUAUGUGCUGGAGAAAUGUGAUUUGCAAAACAAUCUCUGGAUGAAAGUAGCUGAUUUGGAAAAAGACAUACACUCCUAUGCAGUACAAAAACUUUCCAUGAACUCACAGUAUAUGUUCAGAGUCGUGGCAGCUAAUCCUGUUGGCAUAUCUGAACCAGCUGAGAGUGAGACGGUGACGAUUACAAAGAAAUUCGGU